AUGGCGGCCAAGGCGGCGGAUGAACUGUCCAAGCUCACUGUGAACGGCAGCGCCAUCAAGCCCAACCCACAGGUCAAUGGCACAGAUGGUGCGAAUGGGCACUUAUCAGAUCAGGACGACUCAGAGGAUGACAAAGGCGAUGAUACUACUGCCACCGGCGGUGCAAACGGGAACUCUGCCAGCGGGGCGUCAAAAAAGAAGAAGAAGAAGAAGCCCAAGAAGAAGAAGGCUGGUGGCGCAAAAGUCCAAUCCGACCCGCCACGAGUAGCGGUCAGCCAGCUGUUCUCCAGUGGCACUUAUCCGGUGGGGGAAGAGGUGGAAUACAAGAACGACAAUGCAUACCGCACCACAAAUGAAGAGAAGCGACACCUUGACCGUAUGAAUAACGAUUUUCUCCAGGAGUACCGCCAGGCCGCCGAAGUGCACCGGCAAGUGCGGCAGUGGGCCCAGACAAAAAUUAAACCAGGUAUGAGCCUGACCGAGAUUGCAGAGGGUAUUGAGGACGGUACGCGCGCUCUUACGGGCCAUUGGGGACUCGAGGAGGGCGACAAUAUCAAAGGUGGGGUGGGGUUUCCAACGGGAUUGAGCAUCAAUCAUAUCGCGGCCCAUUAUUCCCCCAACGCGGGCAACAAGUGGGUGUUGGGCGAGCAAGAUGUCAUGAAAGUCGAUUUUGGCGUCCAUAUCAACGGGAGAAUCGUGGACUCGGCCUUCACUGUGGCGUUUGACCCCAAAUAUGAUAAUCUCCUUGCGGCGGUCAAGGACGCCACCAACACAGGUAUUCGCGAGGCUGGGAUCGAUGUCCGAGUCGGCGAUAUUGGAGCAGCGAUCCAAGAAACCAUGGAGUCUUAUGAAGUCGAGCUCGACGGCAAGACGUACCAGGUCAAGCCGAUUCGGAACCUCAAUGGCCACGAUAUCGUGCAGCACAGCAUCCACGGCGGCAAAUCAGUGCCGAUCGUUAAAGGCGGCGACCAGACCAAGAUGGAGGAGGGCGAGAUCUUUGCGAUAGAGACUUUCGGGUCGACGGGGCGCGGCUAUGUCGUCGACGACCUCGAGGUUUCGCACUACGCGUUACAUGCCGACGCUCCCAACGUCCCUCUGCGUGUGCAGUCAGCCCGCUCGCUGCUAAAUGUCAUCAAGAAGAACUUCGGUACUUUACCAUUCUGUCGACGCUACCUCGACCGCCUCGGUCAGGACAAGUACCUACUCGGCCUUAAUAACCUCGUCAGCUCAGGCAUUGUCGAGGCAUAUCCACCCCUGGUCGACGUCAAGGGCAGCUACACGGCGCAGUUUGAGCACACUAUCCUCCUACGCCCCACGGUCAAGGAGGUUGUCAGCCGUGGUGACGAUUACUAG